AUGUUUUAUAUAGGGAUUGGAUGCGGGGAACGACCGGUGGAACUGAUGCGGUCGAGUCGUAUAGUUGGUGGUGGGGACGCCUACUAUGGAGAGGCCCCCUGGCAGGCACUGGUCAAGGAGGCCAAGUUCUUCGGCUUCUGGAAGUACAAUAAAUGCGGAGCUGUUUUGGUGAGUCAUAAUUGGGUGAUAACAGCCGCGCACUGCAAUUCCGGUCUCUUUGGAUCACUUCACGUGAUUUUUGGCGAAUAUAAUCUGAAAACUCCAGAAAUGAUUACAACGGAUAAUGGUUUUGUUGAGAGCCAACCAGUCGUGAGAAGAGCUAAAAGAGUGAUAAUUCAUCCCAAAUAUAAUCACAUGACUCUUGAGAAUGAUUUGGCGCUCAUUGAGUUGGACGCGGAUGUGGAGUAUGAGCGACACAUUCAACCCAUUUGUUUACCAGAAAAAGAUAAAGAUUUUGUUGAUUCCGAAGCAUAUGUGAGCGGUUGGGGAGUCUUAUCCUACCAGGAUCGAAAUAUUCCGGAAGUGUUGCAAAUAGUAAAGGUUCCCAUCGUUUCCAAUGAGGAAUGCGAGCAAAUGUAUAGAAAAGCAAAACACAAUUUCGUGGCGCGAAAGACCAUUGUGUGCGCCGGUUAUGCCAUCGGGGGUAAGGAUUCGUGUGAAGGCGACUCUGGAGGACCACUGGCUGUACGCGACGGACCUGAAGGCCGCUGGACUUUAGUGGGCAUUGUCUCCAAUGGUAUCAAAUGUGCUGAACCCAAUUUGCCCGUGAAUGUUCAUGAGAGUGGAGUCACUUUGAAAGUGGCGCUCGAGUGGCAAAACACAUGA